AUGUGCUAUACGCUGUUGGCAUUAAGUUUAUUGGCGUUGAUGAUAAAUUCUUGGCCACAAGUCGAGAAUGAGGCCGUUGGAAGUGCAGCGGGCGGCCAGCUUGGGACCAUGUCGACAACCGGCCAGCUUGGGGUCUUCCAUCCAAUCGCUAAUAGCGGAGGAAACGCCGGAGGCUCAGGAGCGAUGGCUGGAGGAGGUGGGAGCUCCGGAGGACCAGGAGGAUUUGCUGGAGGAAUGAAUGGAGGAGGUGGAAACUUUGGAGGAGCCGGUGGAAUGAAUGGAGGCUUUGGAGGCAACAGAGAGUUCCCCGGAGCCAUUCACGGAGGAGCUGGAGGAUUCGGAGGCAACAGAGGAUUAAGCGGAGGGAUGCAUGGAGGACCUGGAGGCCUUGGAGUGGGGAAUGAAGGAGCCCGGGGCUUUGGUGGAGGCAGAGAAAACGCCGGAGGAAGCAAUGGAGGUACUGGGAACUCUGGAGGAGGUACUCAAGCUGCUGGAGCAAAUAAUGGAGGGGCAGCAAACUCCGGAGGAUCUAGCUCAUCAGGAGGAAAUGCAAAUUCCGGAGCUUCGGCUUCAAACCCGUCAUCUGGAGGUGCUACAGCGUCUGGAGGUGCCAAUGCAGGUCAAAACGCGCCAAAUGCCGGAGGAGGACGUUAA